CGAAGUGAGUGACGUUUUGAUUGUCAAAGAUGAUUAAUAUUGCCGGUGUUGUGAGCAUUGUGCUCUUCUAUUUGCUCAUCUUAUUUGUGGGUAUUUGGGCCGGACGUAAGAAGGAAGCUGGUAAUGAUUCCGAAGAGGAGGUUAUGUUGGCUGGCCGCUCCAUUGGCUUGUUUGUUGGUAUCUUCACUAUGACGGCAACCUGGGUCGGUGGUGGUUACAUCAAUGGUACUGCCGAAGCUAUUUACACCUCCGGCUUGGUAUGGUGUCAGGCACCAUUUGGCUACGCUUUAAGUCUGGUCUUUGGUGGCAUUUUCUUUGCCAACCCGAUGCGUAAACAAGGCUACAUUACAAUGUUGGACCCGCUGCAAGACUCCUUUGGUGAACGUAUGGGUGGUUUGUUAUUUUUACCCGCACUCUGCGGUGAAGUGUUUUGGGCUGCUGGCAUAUUGGCAGCAUUGGGCGCCACACUUUCAGUUAUCAUUGAUAUGGAUCAUCGAACAUCGGUUAUUCUAUCUUCGUGCAUUGCUAUAUUUUAUACCCUGUUUGGCGGGUUGUAUUCUGUGGCGUAUACCGAUGUUAUACAACUAUUUUGUAUUUUUAUUGGCCUAUGGAUGUGCAUACCGUUUGCCUGGGCCAAUGACCAUGUGAAGAGUUUAUCGUCAAUGGAUGUUGAUUGGAUUGGUCAUGUGGAUCCGGAUCAACGAUGGUUUUAUAUAGACUAUGGGUUGUUGCUGAUAUUUGGUGGUAUACCGUGGCAGGUAUAUUUCCAACGUGUAUUGUCAAGUAAAACAGCUGGACGAGCCCAAGUAUUAUCCUAUGUUGCAGCGGCUGGUUGUAUUUUAAUGGCUAUCCCACCGGUACUGAUUGGCGCUAUUGCCAAAGCUACUCCUUGGAAUGAAACAGCAUACACUGGACCCUAUCCACUAACCGUGCAAGAAACUAGCAUGAUUUUACCAAUGGUCUUACAGUAUUUGACUCCCGAUUUUGUAUCGUUCUUCGGUUUGGGUGCUGUCUCCGCAGCGGUUAUGUCUUCGGCCGAUUCUUCCGUUUUAUCGGCAGCCUCAAUGUUUGCCCGCAACGUAUACAAACUGAUAUUCCGACAGAAGGCUUCCGAAAUGGAAAUUAUAUGGGUAAUGCGUGGAGGUAUUAUUGUUGUGGGUAUAAUGGCCACAAUCAUGGCUCUGACAAUACCCUCCAUUUAUGGUUUAUGGUCCAUGUGUUCCGAUCUGGUGUAUGUAAUUCUAUUCCCCCAACUGCUGAUGGUUGUCCACUUCAAGAAGCACUGCAACACUUAUGGCAGUCUGGCUGCAUAUCUGAUUGCAUUGUUCAUACGCUUAUCGGGUGGCGAAUCUUUACUUGGUUUACCAGCCCUCAUCCAUUAUCCGGGCUAUGAUGCCGAGAAUGAAACACAAUUGUUCCCCUUCCGCACAAUGGCCAUGUUGGUUAGUUUAGUGACAUUGGUUGUAGUUUCAUGGUGGACAAAAAUGAUGUUCGAAUCGGGUAAACUGCCGCCAAGUUAUGAUGUUUUCCGUUGUGUAGUUAAUAUACCUGAAGAUGUACAAAGAGUUGGAGAGCCGGCGGAAUGUGGAGAACAGCUCUCUGUUAUGGCCGGUCCCCUGGGUAGAUCGUAUGGCGCCGCCACAAUGGCUGGCAAAGAUGAACGUAAUGGUCGCAUUAAUCCCGCCCUUGAAACGGACGAUGAUCUUCCGGUGGCCGAAGCAAGGCGUCUAAAUCAACAAACGGCACAAGAACAGGUACAAAAAAUGAUCAGCUCUGCUACAGGACAAAAUCGAAGAGAUUCCUGUAGCAGUGGUGGUGGUGGAGGUGGCGGAGGCGGCUUUGGUGGAGGUAUGGCAAUGCCAACUGCUGAUCAAGACAAUACUGCCUUUUAA